GUCUCGCCCCGUAAUCUCUGUCUGCUUCUUGAGUCCUCAGCUCCUCAGUACGCUCAUUAAUGGCGGCGUCUCGCCAAAUCUUCCGCUGUGCUUCAACAUCUCCAAGAAUCAAAUUUGUCCUGACUCAAACCCUUCGCUUCAAGACAACAUCAACGGCGCUCUCUCACCAUAACCAACAUCAGCUUGAGCACGAGUUUUCAAAGCCCAGCGAGUUCUUAGGGAGCUGGAAAGCCCCUAAGGAUCCAAAGGAAGCAGAGGCGAAUCUAGGGAAGCUGAGGAGAGAGUACGCGAAGCAGGUGAAGGAGCUUCGCAAGCAGUAUAUCUAUGAGAUGGAAUUGCAGAAGCAGGAGAAGCAAUUGAAGGACGAAGCCAAGCGAGAGGCUGUUCGUAUUGCCAGGGAGGAGCGAAAGGCUGCCAAGGCUGCUAUGGCUCAAGUUCGAGCUGCUGAGCGGAAGGUCCUCGAAGAGGAGUUCCGUCAAACCCUUUUGAAAGAAAGAGCAGAGAAGCAGGAAUACUGGAAAUCAAGGGAAAAACGAGUGGAGGAUAAAAAGAAAGAAAAGAAGGAGCUUUUGAAUCGGCAGAGCUCCAUGUGGAUAGAUGAACAAGAGCUGGAGAAGAAAAUAUUGGAGGCCCUUGUUGAUACGACCCCUCUAUAAGUCCAUACUUUGCCAUGCUUUCUCCGAGGAUCCCA